AUGUCUAAAAGUCACGACGUGCAGCUUUGGGAUCGAAAGAGGGAGGAGUCGAAGCUUUCGGGUUCGACCGUUUCGGGGCUUUACGUGUACCCAAUAAAGUCGUGUGGUGGGGUCUCCAUACAAGCGACGCAAUUGACAGCGAAAGGUUUGCUGCAUGAUCGAGAAUGGGCGAUCAUUGACGGAACGAGGAACAAAGUGGUGACACAGAGGAGAUAUCCGAAACUAGCGCUGGUGCACCCGAAAGUGCUGCCUCGUUUGGAUGCGGUGGAGGCAGAGGCGAUUGUACUGAUCGCCAAGGGAAUGUCCGAGCUGAUUGUACCGGUACAACAAGCUGGUGACGGCAGCAUUGUGAGAAACGUGGCCAUUUGGGCGGAUACAGUGGAGGCAGUGGACCAGGGAGACGCAGCAGCAACGUGGCUAGACUCUUUUCUUGGAGAAGAGCCGGACUGCAGCUUUCGUCUAGUGAAGGCGAAAGAGGGGUUCACGCGGUAUACGAAACCGGAAUAUGCGCUGGGGCAUUCGACAAACUUUGCCGAUGCAUUUCCGUUCCUCCUCGCACUGGAGGAAUCGCUUGAAGAGUUCAACACAAUGCUCGACAAUCCCGUUCCUAUGAAUCGGUUCCGUCCCAAUAUUGUCGUACGAGGGAGUCCGGCGUUCGCAGACGAGCAUUGGGAUUCUAUCGCCAUCAACGGCAUGCUGUUUCGCAAUGUGCGCCCUUGCUCGCGUUGUGGUAUGCCGAGUGUCAACCAAGCAACAGGUGAAGUCCAUUUGGAGCGUGAGCCAUCUCGUACUAUCGUGCGUGAGCGCAACGGUGCUCGCUUGGGUUUCACAAACGGCAAAAAGUGCGAAGGGUAUUUUGGCUCGAACUUGGUGCUGGAGUCGGAGGAUAUGCGCUCGAUAGCGUCUCAGUUGGCAGUUGGCGUACCUGUCAAGGUGCUCACUCUCAAAAGUGAGGUAGUUGCCUAG